AUGAAGUCAUUUGUCACAGAAGUAAACAGCGAAUGCACUUAUUGCUCACAAAACCACUAUAUUUGUCAUUGUAAAGAGUUCGCCGCAUUAGAUGUUCCUCAACGUCAGGAUUUUAUUAAGAAGAAUGGCAUUUGUUUUAAUUGCCUUGUAAAGGGUCACUCCGUUAAUGCGUGUAGGCAGAGCACCACCUGUAGAAAAUGUAGUCGACGACAUCACACUCUGUUGCACUUCACAAACCCUAACAAGACCACAUCAGUGCCUGAAAACGAUACAGCAACACCCAGUACACCUGAAUCAAGCCAAACCACAUCAACCGUAGUUUACAAGGCUGAGGUUGACAGCGACAGUGAAGAAGUUAUUUUGGCAACCGCGCGAAUUGCAGUUAAGGCAAGGAACGGCGACACGAUAGUCUUGAGAGCACUGAUUGAUCCGUGCUCGCAGUCCAACUUUGUUACUGAAGCGACAGCUCAACUGCUUAAUCUCGAGCGCACUUCAGUCAACGGAAAAAUCACUGGCAUAUCUCCUGUACCAAUGACAACCAAAUCACAAGUUGAGUUGAACUUUCAUGCCAUUAGAAAUCCAUCACACAUAAUUACAGCUAAGGCGUACGUCCUUAGACGAAUAAAUUCGAGAUUACCAUCACAAGAGCUCCCAUCUGAUACCUGGCCUUCUUCUGAGAUUUCAGACCUUGCGGAUCCACACUUUCACAAGCCAGGAUCUGUCGACGUGCUCUUAGGUGCCGUUGUAUACGCACAUAUUAUUCUUGGUGGAGUAGUAAAACAUAAUGAGUCUCUGGUCGCUUUGAACUCACGAUUGGGCUGGCUGGUAUGCGGCGAGGUUGCGCCGUCGGGCCAUCAGUCACACAACGUUAUUGUUAUGCAUACACAAGUCGAAGUUGAUCAGUUACUACGUCAGUUUUGGGAGAUCGAUGAAUAUUCACCAAACGCGAAGCCUCUGUCACAGCCUGAGAUGCAGUGUGAAGAGCAUUUUAAGAAAACUCACACUCGAAACACUGACGGUCGAUACGAGGUUCGCCUACCCUUCAAGGACGAAGACGCUCCAAAUUUAGGCAACUCCAGACAACUUGCUUUAAAGCGCUUACAUCAGAUGGAAAAUAAGUUUAAGCGCCGACCCGAGUUUCACGAAGAAUACUGCAAGUUCAUGAACCAAUAUGAGUCACUCGGUCACAUGGAGGUCGUCCCUGAGACAGAAAAGAAGAAUAAAGCUUAUUACCUACCACAUCAUGCUGUUCUUCGUGCCUCGAGCCUCACCACAAAACUGCGCGUAGUUUUUGACGGAAGUGCUAAACCUGCAGAUGGAAACUCACUUAACGAUGAGCUACUCAUCGGCCCACCGCUGCAACAAGAUAUACGAGAUUUAGUAACACGGUGGAGACAACAUAAGUACUGUCUAGUAGCCGAUAUACAACAAAUGUACCGACAGAUACUUAUCUCAAAACAAGACACUGAUUACCAAAGAAUCCUGUGGCGUGAGUCAUCGGAAGAGCCGAUUAGAGAAUAUCGGUUACUUACCGUUACAUAUGGCAGUUCUUGUGCUCCAUAUCUUGCCAUAAGGACACUUCAUCAACUUGCAGAGGAUGAACGUGGAGAUUUUCCUGAAGCUGAACUUCUCAAAACUGAUCUCUAUAUGGACGAUUUAAUGACGGGCUCAUCUACCGAAGAAGACACUCAACGGCUUCAAUGUCGCUUAACUGAACUAUUUAAACGUGGUGGUUUUCUUCUACAUAAGUGGUCGUCUAAUAGUGAAAAAGUUUUAAGCGAGAUUCCCGAUUCGCAAAAAGCAUUACAAAGUUCAGUGAAUAUUAAAAUGGAUGAUUCGGUGAAAGCUCUAGGCAUAGCUUGGAAACCACAAAGUGACAUAUUUGAACUGGUAGUUAACUUACCUCAUGACAACGACGUUGUCACAAAACGAAGUGUGCUAUCUGCGAUAGCAAAAACGUUUGACCCUCUGGGUUGGCUAGCACCUUGCGUGGUUGUAUUAAAAAUGUUUAUGCAGAAGUUGUGGCUGGCCGGCCUAGACUGGGACUCUGAACUUCCCGAAGACCUGAAAACUGAAUGGCAGACUUACCUGACUAACUUCGAACACAUGCAGGCCAUUCAGCUUCCACGUUGGUUAGGGAUUACAAAUAAUGUAAAAAUUGAAUUGCACGGCUUUUCUGACGCCUCUUGCGCCGCCUACGCUGCGGUUAUUUACAUCAGAGUCAUCACGGACAAUGAGAUAAAAGUAAGCCUGGUCGCAGCCAAAACAAAGGUCGCUCCCGUGAAACAGGUCUCAUUGCCACGUCUUGAACUUUGUGGGGCGGUCCUAUUGUCUAAAUUGAUACCAAAUGUGAAAUCUAGUCUAAAUAUUGAUGAUAAUCGUGUGUUUGUUUGGACAGAUUCCACAAUAGUUUUGGCUUGGUUGCGUAAAACUCCAAAUACUUGGAAGCCAUUCGUUGGUAAUCGCACUACCGAAAUCUUAAAUGUUACGAAUAGUAGUCAAUGGCAUCAUAUUAAGUCUGCGGACAACCCCGCGGACUGUGCCUCACGCGGUAUCAGCCCUGACGAGCUGAUGCAGUCACAACUAUGGUGGGAAGGUCCAGCCUUCCUUCGCGAGUCUGUUGAGAUUUGUUACCCUAAUUUCACUAUACCUGAAACCACACUCGAAGCAAAACCGAAAGCAAAAGUUAGUUACUUAUGCGCGUCCAAAGAAUUAGACCUCGCGUUCAAAAACAACAAAUCAACUGUUAUUGAAGAAAUUGCCCAACUGUUGGCUAAUGACAGCACAACAUGGCAUUUUAUUCCCCCUGGCGCUCCUCACUUUGGAGGAUUGUGGGAGGCAGGAGUUAAGUCUGUAAAAGGACAUUUGAAACGCGUCGUAGGCAAGGUGAUGGUGGAGGACGAAAUCGGGGUGGGUGGCGGGGGGAAAGGUCUGAGUGAGGCAGCGUCGAGUACCUUCACUGUUUCUCUGGGUCGCUUCGCGGGCGCACGCUCCUAG